AAUUGUCUGAAUUUGAUUUGAGAGAUAGUGUAAAUGGUUCAACUGUUAAUGCAAGCCAAUUAGAAUUUACCGAACAGCAAUUUGAUAAUGAAUUAUCUGAUUCGUCAGAAUCCAACAACAUACAACUAGAUGAAAUAAAUGACGAUGAUUUAAAGAAUAAUUCUUUAGUAUAG